GUAGUGGUCAUUUCAAAUAAAUUAAAAUUAUUAUUAUUAUUAUACAACAACCUACUUAAUUAAUUGGAUCAUGACAAAAGAUAAGUUUGUAUAUUAUUAAGACGACACGACAAGACUAACAAUAUUGGCCGAUACUCCUGUAUUAUCACCUUCAGAGAAAAAAUGGAGAGCUGGAGUAAGAGAAUAGCAUCACAAAACAAGCUUAUCGACAUUAUAAAUCUGUUUCAAAACAACCGUUUGAGAAUCUUCCCACUCGUUAUCUGCCUCUUUCUCUCGAUCUUCGCCUUGUUGGACCUCUACCUCUGGUACUUUGUCACCUCUUCCCUGAAUGGUUCGACCCUCCCCCUCUCCCUCAACUCGUCUGACCACCCUUGCUACUUCUCCCCAUUUUGCACCAUCAAUGUCAAGUACCUCAUGGUGGACCCACCAGAUUUUUAUGUGCACAACACCAUCUCCUCCCUUUUCGUAGCAUGGGCGGAUCUGCCAAAUUCAUUCCUCUCCAUGACGCCCAAUAUGAUCUCUAUCUUCCAUGUUUUCGUGGCCCUGAUGGCGUGCAAGUUAAUAUCUAAUGAUUCCCUGACAAUGAGAAGGAUUGGGGUGCUGAUCUUUCAAUUUAGAAACUUGUUGGACGCUAUGGAUGGAUUUACCGCAAGAGAACGGAGAAAAACGGUUGCUCAAGCGUUGAUGAAUCAAAUUAUGCUUAAUCAAACCUUAACUGGUGGACAGGACGAGAACAUCGAUCACCGUUUUCCUUAUACUAGUGGCGUUUUAAUGGACCAAGUCGAAGAAUACAGGUCGUCAGAACGUUGGGGAUAUUGGAUGGACGGGAUUUGUGAUGCAUUGGGUGGAAUAUUUCUGUACCUCGCGUGUUACUUUUACCUUCAGAGGCACCCUAUCAGAAGACGGUCAUUCUUUUACACGACCAUCCCCCUCGUCGUUUCGCCGAAAGAUGUUCCAUCAUAUGCCUCCAAGAACAAGAAAAAUAAACAGAUGAAAAUAGGAAUACGAUCAGCUAUCUAUUUAUCGAAACUAAUUAUUCGCUUCGUUCAUCGGCCUGGAUUUUUAGCAAUUAUCUACGGAUUUCAAUCCCUUUUUGGCUCUAUCGCAUGGAAUCGUUUCAUCUUUGGCUAUACGAAACUCUUGGAGACGAAUCCAGACAACCUUCCUUCUCAUUCUGAAAACCAAGUGAAAGCCAAUCUCAUCAAGUCGCCCGUUAUGUGGGUGGUGUUACUGGUUUGGAGAUAUGUAAAUCCUCACACAUGGAUGGAGCUCCUGCUUCUUGCAGUAUUCUUUGAUAAGAUUGGAGAAUUUGUGGAUGCACUUAAAGUUCGAGGAUUUCUCAUAGUAUUUACAGUAUGUAUCCUGACAGAGGUACAUAUGCAGUAUGUUCUAUCUCUCUUUUAGCACUUUUCGAUAUUAAAUUAUUGUGUAUGUAUCCAAUC